GAAUCCUGAUGCAAACUGUGUAUUAUUCUGAACUGAGCAAUACUUGUGAGGAGCAAUUUGGAGAUUAUUUGGGAGUUAGGUCAGAGAAUGGAGUGAACUAUGAGGGGUUCGUCUAUGCGUUAGAGAGUACGCCAAGCGGGCCCCCUCUGAGGAGUCCGAGAUAUGUUGAGUUCGGGAGAGGGUAGGGGAAAUGUUUUGUUGCCUAAAACGAGAUUGGUAAUGAU